AUGGAGCCACUCAUUGUCGACCAAGCUGGCAUCAUCUGGAACCCAGGCGUUCACCGACGUUUUCCAUGGCUUGGCAUCAUCCCGUUGGUCUUGAGUAUAUGCUGUACAGGACUCGCCAUUGGAGUCGUUCUUCAGAGCAGCGGCCAGCCAGAGGCGGACUGGUCUGGACACAGACAACCAGGUGUGCUCUUGGCCUACACCUCCACUCUUGCAAACGCCUUGACUGGCCUUGCUUUCGCUCAAGCAGCCGUGGUUUUCUUUUGGACACAGGCUGUGCAGCCAAUGCCAGUCAGCAACCUGCACUAUAAUUGGGCAAGCUCUUCGAGCGUCAUAGGAGCUUUCAGAUCACUUUGUCGCAAAAAAGCCAUCCGAGCAAGUAUAGUGACUAUCAUUGUGACUAUCACGAGCUUCCUGCGCGGUCCUCUGAUGCAAAGAGCCUCCUUUGUCCAGAUCGUGGAUGUGUCUCAUAACGGUACUGUCGAUCUUCAAGUAAAGCAUAAUAUCAGCGAUACUUGGGGAGGUACGGUAGACGGGCGGGACACCAGAAACGUCAUGUUCACUUCAGAAUUUGCACAAGUAACCCGGGAUUUCCAAGCUAAAGCCCCCAUCCACAUUGAAGGGGCCUCGUGUGAGAAUUGCACGUUGACUGUCAAGGCCUUCGGGUUCGAUGUUGAUCACUGUGAAGAGCUGACUUCUUCACCAACGAACUAUAACCUUACGGUUGGCCUGGCGACGAUUGGGAACGUAUCACGCAUCUUCGAGUCCGCGAUCGAUGUCUGGUUUGAACAUCGAUCCUUUACCGGGCUUAACAUUUCCACAAAACGCAAAGCGCACUCAGACGGUGGUGAUGAGGCGUGGUCGCAGGCAUGUUCCGGCAAGCUAGUAGGCCAAACUUGCAUCCUUGUACCCUCCGUAGUGGCGUACAACAUCUCUAUUACGGGAGGACAUGCAUCCUUCCAGACAGACAGCUGGAAAGAUGAUCGCGUUGUGGAGCAUAUAAAUUUGACAUGGCCCGUAUCGAGUGUAGGUUCGGGUAUAACUAUCCUGCCUCUCCAGGUCGUUGGGUCAACCCUCUUCAACUCAAUCGCCGAGGUGUGGUGGUCAGGCGCAGUGGGCUGGGCAACCAAGGCCGACGGACUUACAGCCAACUUAUACACGGGCAACUGGUCCGCGGCUCGGUUUCCCUGCCAUCAAUUCUAUCUAGACCCCAUGGAUGACAUAAUUAACAGCUACCGCGAACUGGCAUUCCGCAUGUCGGUCCACGCAGCCAAUAACCCUGGCCAUGACUCCCUGGGCGUCCCGCUCCCACGUGAAGAACAAAAGGGGAUUCCGUAUACAAGUCACCUCACACAAGUCCAGUACGCCGCCGCUAUCCCGGAACUGCUCCUCGCAGUAGCCGUCAGCCUCGCCGGACCGGUGGCUACCAUGGCACUGCUUUGGGGGUGGUGGAGACUAGGCAGGAAUUUUUCCAUGAGUCCACUGGAACUUGCUUAUGCGUUCACUUCUCCUCCCCCCGAAAAGGGGCCCUACGGAAAGUCCUCGAUAACACUGUCAUCGGACUCGAAAAGUGACCUGGGUUACCAUGGCGGCGGCGGCGGCGGCGUUACUACUACGCAACAGGAGAACGAAGCAAGUGGAAUGGAUGGUCUCUUUGCCGAUUGCGACAGUAACGCUUCAGCUGGUGAACUGGCUGAUCACUUCCGCAACAAAGGGAAGGCCUCCGGAGGAGGAGGAGGAGGAGGAGGAGGAGAGCCAAAGAUACAAUAUGGUGUUGUGAACGGCGAAGGGGGUCGUUUUUCUUUUGCUGUUGUAGAGGGCUUCUAG